AUGACUGAGUCAAGCGCAGCUUUUAGUUAGAAGGCAGUUUGAGAUAAGACUUUCUGAGAAACAGCCUGGUGGAACAACAUUCCAUCUAGCAACAUCCAAGUGUACAAGGGAGGUUCCUUUAUUACUAGAAGAGGCUUGAAUGAAGUCUGCACUGAAAGAUGUCCCAGAUGGCCAUGUCUACCUCGCGGUCGUCUGUGUUUACUUUUGAGUCGACAGUGCAUUCCAGCCAUGUGUUGCACCGCCUAGAUGAGCAGCGCUGCCGGGACACGUUAUGUGAUGUUACGGUGAUGGUGGAGGGUCAAAGUUUCAGGGCCCAUCGCUCCGUACUCACUUCUUGCAGUGAGUACUUCUCGCUGAGGAUCUCUUCCCUCAUGCAGCAUGGAGCAGUUGUCACUCUGCCACCAGAGGUGACGGUUGAGGGCUUUGAAGCUCUGCUAAAGUUUGCCUACACAUCCAAACUGCACUUUGUGAAAGAGAACGUCUUACAAAUACGAAACGCAGCCUCCAUACUUGGCUUCAGGGAUCUAGAUGAGGCUUGUUUUGAUUUCCUCCUUCCAAAGUUUUUCUCCAAAAGCAAAAGCUCCUCUCCACAUGUAAAAAAAAUGUGUUGUGAAAAAAAUCACAAAAAGCAGGUGUCAAAGGAAGAAUUCGGCACAGACUCUGACAAUCCGUCUUUCUGUGACAAAGAAGUAAAACCAGUUGCUGACUCAUCAUCUCAGCAGGAAGUGAGUCUGGACUGUAACAAACCAGAGAACAACAUGAUGGAAAGUCCAAAAAUGAAAGACAUCCCUGCACUGGGGGUUGAAGCAGGGACUGACAGUUUAAUCCAGUGUCCAAAGUACCGGAAGUUCCAGCUUGCUUGUGGAAAAGAGGCGUGUGCUCCUGAAAAGAAGAUCUGCAAUGACUGCAUCCUUCCCUGCUCUCCAAGCCCCAGCUCUGAAAACAGCAAUAAGGAACACGUGCUUCAAUUCCCAGGAAAUUCAACCUCUAACAGAGAAAGCAAAGGUCAGUCUGGUGAGCCACUGAGAACUCAAACACAUGACAGGCGUGAAAACCACAUGGACAAAGUGGAAGUUGACUCUGAGAAGUGUAGAUCUAAAAAGAAAGAUGAGCUUUGUGUGGUGGUGAAGGACAUGGAGGAGGUGAUGGAACACACCAGCUCACCUGACACAUGCCGUGCUAACUCCCUGAAGACAGACAAAAUGCUGUCACAUUGCUCUUUGGGAACUUUCAAUGACCCUCAAAUCACCUGUUCCCGAGAGCACCAGAUGUUUGUAGCUGGCAUUACAGAUCACCAGCCCAAUAGUGCUGCUUGCGCAUCAGAGCCAGGCUCGGUUCUUCACAAUAUACAUUUGGUAGAUAAGCAGAGGGGAGAAAGUGGUUGCUGUCAAGUUGGAGAAAGAGAAAGUGUUCAUGCAGACAAUCUUGGAGAAAGGAGCACCAUGGAGAUGGAAGUGACUGGCCCACUUGACAUGCAGCAGGGGUCAGAUACAUUUCCCUUUGAUCCAAACUUCCCUCCAGGUAGACUCUCAACCGAAACAAGUGACAGGUGGGCACAAAGCUCAUCUUCAGAGGGGCCAAAAGGUCGGAGCAAUCCCAGCUGUCUUUUCUACGGUGAUCUGGAAAAAGUGGAAUAUUCAUAUAGUCAGGCAGGAAUGUCGGAGUGUGAGGGGACCUCUCAGUCAUGUGGGUCACCUGUGAACUCUGGGGAGGAUGGAUUCUCAGAGACAGAAACAGAGGGAGACAGCGAGUCCUCCACAAGGGAAAGAGCCAGGCAGGUUCAGUUGCCAUUCCCUGUUGACAGGAUAAUAAAUCUAAGCCGGAAUGACUUCCAGCAACUGUUGAAGCAGUAUGACUUCACAAAGGAACAGCUUGAUUUUGUUCACGACAUGAGAAGACGCAGCAAAAAUCGCCUUGCAGCACAGCGCUGUCGCAAAAGAAAACUAGACUGCAUUUACAAUCUGCAGUGUGAAAUCAACAAACUUAAGACAGAGAGGGAGAAACUGAUUGUGGAGAGGAGCCAACUGGGCCAGAUGAAGCUGAGAACAUGUCACAGCGUCUCUGCCUUGUGUCAAAGGGUCUGCAGUGAGGCCAACCUGCAGCCAGAACAGCUGCAAGUGUUAGCCAAAUACAUAUCUUCAGAGUGCCCGCUAUCCUCCCUCUUCCCUCACAUAGAUGCGUUUCUGACGCAGCACGGAUUUCCGCUCCUGCUCCAAGCACCUCUCCCAGCAUGCACUGGAGAUUUUGAAAAUAAGGACACAUCCAGCUCCGGCAGAGACAGAACCACAGACGAACAGCCACUUUAGAAAAUGCUGGAAAACUUCUUUUGGUGCCCUGGUGUCACGAUGACAGUGAAAUGAACCCUGCACCCCUCAUGACACAGGAACAUUGUCUUUUAUUGUAGCCUCAGCAUAAAUCAGUGCGUCUUUGAUCUUAUCACCAUACAGCAUUUACAACAGGAUUACUGUGAUCAGCAGAUGCAAUAAUCAUCGAACUUGUUGGACUUGCUACCCAACAAAAUCGAUAAUUAUUGUUGGACUUGCUAUCUUUUUAUUUCCAAACAUUAAUGAGAUGAUGACAACGCAUUCCACAGCUUGAAGGCCUUGUAUUUCAAGUUUAUAAGAAUUAAAAAUUUUAAAGAACAUUCAGCAACAAAGGCUUCCAUUCUCGGAGAUCUUACUGUCCACAGCUUCACCCAAAGGCAGCUGGGAUAGGCUCCAGCAACCUCACCUGACUUUGCACAAAACUAAAACCAAAUUGAAAACUUGCAUUUCUUUGUAUUCAUACCUGAGUAAGUCUUAAAGGUUAUUCCUUUUGUUUUUACAUCUUUUAUAAACCUAUCUUGACCCAACAUUGUUUUUGGUCUGUUAAGUAAUAUCUUGCAGACAACAUUGGUCUUAAAAAAGAGAACAAUACACCACAACAUUCAGCAGCAAUACCAUACAGCUUGACCAAAAUGUCUUGAGACAGUGUGCAAUGUUUACCUUGUGGUCUUUGCUCUGACUAUCUUUUUUGCUGCUGUCAUUGUGGCCUGUUCUCCUCCACAGACCACAGUGAGACAUCUCAUUUAUUUGGUACAGACAUAGCAUGUAAAUAUGUCUUAAUUUAAGUGCAAUAAAAGUUUGGAUACAUAAUUAA